AUGACGCCCUUGGCAUCGCCAGCGACAGGCCCAGUCGAACAAGGGAAGCAGUUGGCCGCGGCCGCGCUCGUGGAACCGCAGGAGCGGCUACAGGUGGUCGCGCCGCCUCUUCAAGAUGGCGACGUCCCCGCAACAGGCAAGUGGGAGAUACGAUCCUGGUACCUCUACUACGUCGGCGCCAACGGCCUGGCUCUCUUCAACUUUGGUCCGACGGCCUUCCAGAAUCUCCUCGCCCAGGCGGCCGGCGAUGCCGGGCUCGUCUACUUCGCAGGCCGCGCGCGCGACGUGAACAGCGUGGUGCUGCUUUGCAACGGCAUCUCCUUCGCGGUCCAGGGCGCGCUGUUCCUCGUGAUUGGCGCCUACGCCGACUUUGGGACCGGCAGGCGGUGGGUCCUGCUGAUCUGGUCCGUCGUGGCCUACGGCAUCGGCUUCGGGUGGCUUGGCGUCGACGACGCCGGCGAAUGGGGCGUCGGCGUCGGCCUCUACGUGGUGGGCUUGAUCGCGUACCAGCUCACGUUGACGUACUGGACCGCGGCCUUCCCCUCGCUUGCCCGGAACACGCCGCGCGCGAGGGAGGCCCGCGCGGCGUUCGAGAGCGGAGAGAUUUCGCGGCAGCAGCUGGACCGGCGCGACGAGCUGGAGCGGAGCCGGCUCAGCAACGUCGCCUUCUGGCUGCAGUCCGUGGGCGAGGUCGUCAUGCUGGCCGCGAUUGUGGGCAUCAUGCGCGCCGUCCGGGUCGACGACAGCCCGGCGAGCAACAACCGGGGCCUCUCGGUGCUGAUUGCGUUCGCCACGGCGUGCUGGCUGGCGCUCUCCCUGCCGUGGUUCGCGGUGGAAAAGACGCGCCCGGGGCUGCCGAUCCCGCCGGGCAGGAACGUCGUCACCGCCGGCCUCUGGCAGCUCCGCGAGGCCCUGACCCAUAUCUGGAGGCUCAGGCAAAGCCUCAUCUACCUGACGGGCUACUUUUUCCUGGGGGACUCGCUCAACACCACCGUGACGGUCAUUGCCACCCUGCAGAACCAAGUGGUCGGCUACCACACCCUCACCCUCACCUACGUGCUCACGGUCGGCAUCGCCGCGCAGGCCGUCGGCAUCGGAUCCUUCUGGCUGGCCCAGAGCAGGCUCGGGCUGAGCGCCAAAACCAUGUUCAACGCCGUCACCGUCUGCAUCGUCCUCCUCGACGGCUGGGGCGUGGUGGGCAACUGGACCGCCCGGUUCGGCUUCCGCAACGCCUGGGAGGUGUGGGCCUACCAGGUGUUUUACGGCCUGCUGGUGUGCCCCUGGUACAGCUACUCGCAGAUCAUGAUCAGCUCCGUCACCCCGCGCGGCCACGAGUUCCUCUUCUUCUCGCUCUUCAACAUUGUCGGCAAGGCGUCCAGCCUCAUCGGGCCGCUGGUCAGCAGCGCCAUCAUCGACGCCACCCCGGGCGGCAAGAACAACAACGCCGCCUUUUAUUUCCUCUUUGCGCUGAGCGCGGUGAGCGCCGCGGGGCUAUGGCUGUUUCUGGAUCUGGAGCAGAGCGCGGCGGAGCAGGAGGAGUUUCUCGCGGAAAAGGCACGCGCGUACGGGGGGGGAGGGGGAGGGGGCAAGGGGAUGAUGGGAAGCGAGCGAGCGAGGCGCGCCCAGGCAUGA